CAACAUUAAAAAAAAGCUAUCACAACAAAAACCUUCCUUAGCUGUUAAAAAAGCAAAAUCACAGAAAACAUUUUGGCUUUGUUUAUAUUUUUAGAGAGGAAGGGAGAGGGAGAGAGAGAGAGGAGGGGGAGCUCAAGAUCUUCCCAGAUCGGACCUGAGUUUUUGAUGGGGCGGGAACUUAAGUGUGCAGACAUGGAGAAGAAGCCAAAUGGUCUUGCUGUCAAGUUUAAUGGUGUAUCUCAUGAUAGAGUACAUUUUGCUCCUAAACUUUCAGAAGGCGUCAUCAAAGCAAAGGAAUAUGUGGAGAAAGAAACUGCUGAAGAAUCAGAGAAGCAAGAUGUGCUAGGUGUCAAAAGCACAAAUUUUGAUGCUGACGUGUCUGAUGAGAAAGAUGAGAAACCUGAAGCUCAAAAAUCAAGUGAUGAUAGAAAUUCAAGUUCUCCCUCACUAAAAGCUGGUGGUGUUGGAAAUGCUCAUGUCCGUCAAACUGUCCCUCAGCCAUUUGCUCUGGCAACUGACAAACGUGUUGGCAGGAACACUUUCACAAAUUCAAACAAUGCUCAGUCCCCUGCUACUAUGAAGAAUUCACAGCAAAAUUCACCUUCUACAGCAAGGAAGCCAUUGCAACCUGAUAACAAAAAGCGUCAUGAUGAAGAAGAUAGUUGGUCUGUGGCUUCAUCUACUGCUGCUUCUGUGCGAACCGUUAAAUCUGUAACUGUUGGAACAGCCCCCACAUUUAGGUCUGCUGAACGCGCAGCGAAGCGGAAGGAGUAUUAUUCAAAAUUGGAAGAAAAACACCGAGCUUUGGAAAAAGAGCGAAGCCAGGCUGAGGAAAGGACCAAGGAAGAGCAAGAAGCAGCCAUCAGGCAGCUUAGAAAGAACAUGGCGUAUAAAGCAAAUCCGGUACCUAAUUUCUACUAUGAGCCACCUCCACCCAAGGUUGAACGCAAGAAGUUACCAUUGACCCGACCACAAUCACCAAAAUUAAACAGGAGAAAAAGCUGCAGUGAUGCAGUUCAAACAUCUCAGGAAGAAGUGGGGAAACAUUGUGCUCGCCAUCGCCACAGCAUCGGUAACCACAAAGAUUCAACUGCCACCAGCACUGCCAAAGCUAAGGUUCAGAUCAGCUCACAGACUGCUAAUGGCAUUCGCAAAGUCACAGGCCGAUCUAAACAGGAACGUGUUACAGCAGAAGCAGUUCCCGAGAAGACUGCUGAGCCGACAAAUGCAGACAUCUCUGUUCAGUCAUGAACUGCUGGUUCUUACUAACUCUUUAAGUGGGAAAACAUCUUGAAUUUCUUAAGUUAUCAUAUUGGAUGCUUCGAGAGGAGAUAGCCUGCUUCUUUUCAGCUGCGAUGACCUUUUCUUCUUGUUUUUUUUUCCAAGUGGUUUGUGUCUCUGAAUUGUAUAUGUUUUGUAAGUUAUAUCAGUACAUAUCAUGUUAUAUAUCGAAAGAGUUACUGAUUCUAAUAUGGACCAAAUCUGUUGUUCUCAUCUGAUUUAUCGUCACCCAAGAGGUUUUCCUGCCUAUGUUAUUUGGAAACUCAAGUUAUUAGUUCUGAUCUUAUCAGUUGUUAGUUGUUUUCCUCAUUUUGAAACAUUAACUAGUAGAACCUGUACUUCUUUCGUAACUUCUAUAUUAAAUUGUACACGGUGCCAGGUUCUUGAUGUUUGAA